AUGGGCGCCUGGUUCUUUAAGGGGCGGGGCCUGCUGGCAGCCCACGAGUGCGUCAUCAUCUUGCGCCCGAAGCCUCCACGUGGCUCGUGUGGCAUCAUGGCGGGAGCCGAGGCCCCCCAGCCGCAGAAGCGCUACUACAGGCAGCGCGCCCACUCUAACCCCAUGGCGGACCAUACGCUGCACUACCCUGUGAAGCCUGAGGAGAUGGACUGGGCUGAGCUUUACCCAGAGUUCUUUGCUCCGCUUACUCAAAACAAGAGCCAUGACGAUCCAAAGGAUGAAAAAGAAAAGCGAUCUGGGCCCCAGGUGGAAUUUGCAGACAUAGGCUGUGGCUAUGGUGGUUUGUUAGUGGCACUGUCACCGCUCUUUCCAGACACCCUGAUUCUGGGUCUGGAGAUUCGAGUGAAGGUAUCAGACUAUGUACAAGACAGGAUUCGGGCCCUACGCGCAACCCCUGGAGGCGGGUUCCAGAACAUUGCCUGUCUCCGCAGUAACGCCAUGAAGCACCUCCCUAAUUUCUUCCGCAAGGGCCAGCUGGCGAAGAUGUUCUUCCUGUUUCCCGACCCACAUUUUAAGCGAACGAAGCAUAAAUGGCGAGUCAUCAGCCCCACUCUUCUGGCCGAGUAUGCCUACGUGCUGAGAGUCGGGGGCCUGGUAUACACCGUCACCGAUGUGCUGGAACUGCACGACUGGAUGUGCACCCAUUUCGAAGAGCACCCACUGUUUGAACGUGUGCCUUUGGAAGAACUAAGUGAAGACCCCAUUGUGGGACAUCUAGGCACUUCAACUGAGGAAGGAAAGAAAGUUUUACGCAAUGGAGGAAAGAAUUUCCCAGCCAUCUUCCGAAGGAUACAGGAUCCUAUCCUCCAGGGAAUGACCCCCAAUCCCGCCCUGCCUUAGCCGGACCCCUCUCCUAGUGAUUGGGAAACAGACCAGCUUCCCAUCCCAGGCCUUCCCAGACUGGCGGGGCUGUGAGGCCACGAUCUCUCCAAGAAUUGGG